GCAAAAUUUGUUUUUGCUUUGCUGUUUGAGUCCAUAAUCAUGUUUUUUUUUAUAUAUAUACAUAUAUUUAUAGUUUCUCUGUUCAGUAGAAAUGAGCCGCUGGUUUGUGAGCUUCUCUCUGUGUUCCAUUGCUUCCCCCUGAAUGCUGGAUCAUUGUUUCUGGUCUUGAUUACGCUCCCCGUCAGUGGGUAGGUUGUCGCCUCUGUUUUGAGAGGAACGUGAAGGAUGGAAGGAUGCCUUCUGUCAUGUAAUUAUUUGUAGGUCUACAUUUCUGUCGCCAAAAAUGGCAGACAAAUUGAGGAAGCAGAAAGCAGCGAAGCAGCAGAAGGCAGAGCUCGGGGACCCUUCAAAUAAUCAGCAAGACGAGAAAAAACACAGAAUAGGUAAGACCAAAGAGCUGUCAUGUGACGUCAGGGACCAGAUAGUGGAUCUGCACAAAGCUGGAAUGGGCUACAGGGCCAUCAGCAAAAAACUAGGUGUGAAGGUGCCAACUGUUGGUGCAAUUAUUAGAAAAUGGAAGAAGUACAAAAUGAUCGCCAAUCGUCCUCGAUCUGGAGCUCCAUGCAAGAUCUUGCCUGAAGGGAUGAGGAUGAUCAUAAGGAAAGUGGUGGAUCAGCCCACAACAACACGGGAGGAGCUUGUUAAUGACCUGAUGGCAGUUGGGACCACAGUCACCAAGCACACUGUUGGUAACACACUACGCCGUCUUGGCUAUCAGUUUAAGAAAGACUCUCCCACGAGAGCGGACAAUCCGUUCAGCUCAACGUUUGGCGUGUUAGCUAGCAGUCCGGAGAAUUCCCUCUCCUCCUUCUUCCCACCCAGUUCCCGCCACUGGAUCUACGAAGAGAGCCCUGACAGGAAGGUGCUUGAUGAUGAUGAUGAUGAGGAGCACAUAAUGAGUAGUGACAGUGAGGAAGAAAGCGAGGAAAAUAUGAAAGAUGUGAAUCAAAUGCCAAACAUGGAGGAAGAGAAACAUUAACCGUCAAGUAAAAGCCACAGCAGAAGCAGCAUACAAGCUCGAGGUCAAUGAAGAUUCUACCUUGUUUUAGGUCUGGUGUUUUACACACAUCAGGUCAUAAUAGAAAAAUGAUCUGAUCUUCACCAGGUUCUGAAAUAAUCUAACCUGAAGUGCACAAAAACAGAUUCUGCAAUGUUUUGUCUAUUACACAAAGAUGAAGAAAAAUCGGUAACACUUUAUUUGAAGGGGGGUGAAUAAGACUGUCAUGACACUUUCAUAAAC